GCCGUGUCCGCGUGACGCGGUUCCGGCCGGGGAGAGGACGUGUCCCUCCGGAAGCGCCGCGCUAUGGAGGAGGCUGCGGCGCAAAACGGCAGCGCCGGGGCCGGGCCCGCCGCGCCCGCUCGCCCGCCCGCCACCCCCGAGGGCAUGGCGCUGGCCUACGGCAGCCUCGUCCUCAUGGCGCUGCUGCCCAUCUUCUUCGGGGCGCUGCGCUCCGUCAGCUGCGCCAAGAGCAAGAACUCCUCGGAGAUGCCAGAGACCAUUACCAGCCGCGACGCUGCUCGUUUCCCCAUCGUUGCCAGUUGCACCCUUCUAGGGCUCUACCUCUUCUUUAAAAUAUUCUCUCAAGAGUACAUCAACCUUCUGCUUUCCAUGUAUUUCUUCGUGCUGGGGAUCCUCGCCCUGUCCCACACCAUCAGCCCCAUGAUGAACAGAUUCUUCCCUGCAAAUUUCCCCAACAAACAGUACCAGCUCCUCUUCACCGAGGGCUCCGGGGAGAGCAAGGAGGAAAUAGUGAAUUACGAGUUUGACACCAAGGAUCUCGUGUGCCUGGCCCUGAGCAGUGUCGUGGGGGUCUGGUACCUGCUGAGAAAGCACUGGAUUGCCAACAACCUCUUUGGGCUGGCGUUCUCCCUCAACGGGGUGGAGCUGCUGCACUUGAACAACGUCAGCACGGGCUGCAUCUUGCUCGGGGGCCUCUUCAUCUACGAUGUCUUCUGGGUCUUUGGCACCAAUGUGAUGGUGACAGUUGCCAAAUCGUUCGAGGCCCCGAUAAAACUGGUUUUCCCUCAGGACCUGCUGGAGAAGGGGCUGGAAGCCGACAACUUUGCCAUGCUGGGUCUGGGGGACAUUGUCAUUCCAGGGAUCUUCAUCGCCUUGCUGCUGCGGUUUGACAUCAGCUUGAAGAAGAACACACACACGUAUUUCUACACCAGCUUUGUGGCCUACAUCUUCGGGCUGGGCCUGACCAUAUUCAUCAUGCACAUCUUCAAGCACGCCCAGCCCGCUCUGCUGUACCUGGUCCCCGCCUGCAUCGGGUUCCCGCUGCUUGUGGCCUUGGCAAAGGGAGAAGUAACCGAACUGUUCAGCUACGAAUCCUCUGCUGAAAUCUUGCCACACACACCACGACUUACCCACUUCCCCACCGUGUCUGGCUCGCCGGCCAGCCUUGCUGAUUCCAUGCAGCAGAAACUGUCCUGUCCCCGCCGACGCCGGCAGCAAAGCCCUAGUGCCAUGUAGCAGUGGCAGGCGGUGCCCUUUGUCUGUCGCUCUGGCCAGCUACGAGGAGAGCUCUGCCCCCACGGAGGUGCCGGGGGCCCCUAAGGACGAGACGACAGAAGCCUCCAAGAAGGAGAAGUGACGCUGCCCACGGGCCGUGCCCUCCCCGCGGGGCCGGGGCCCUCCAGACCCUCCGCAAGUGACAGACGACGAAACAAUUGUGCAAAGAGCCUCGUGUUGUGUGUGUGGGAGCAGCCGCCCGCGGGGGGUAUCGAUGUACGCCGCAAAGCCCCCCCCGGGGCCGCGCCAGCCCCUGCCCCUGAUCCCCCCCCAGCGCGGGGGUGCAGGAGGGGGGGGACAAACCACAGCCCGGUUUUUAAAUUUUGUAUUGUGCGUUUGCUUUCUCUCAUAUUAAACCAUGUCCGAGGAAGGAA